CUGAAAGUACCAAGGCUCUAAUUCUUACAGAUGGACAAAUUGCACAAAUAGUUUUUCCUAGCCUGGCUUAUUUAACCAGAAUGACAUUGCUUAGACUCAGCAACAAUGGCAUUAGAAUUAUUAAUGAGGAUGCUUUUAAUGCUCUUACAAAUAUGAAGACAUUACAGUUGGAUCAUAAUCAAAUAUCAAGCCAUACCAUUACCGCUAACACUUUCAAUAAACUACAGAAUCUGGAAGUUCUGAUACUUUCCAAUAAUGCUCUUGGAACUCUAAAUGGAACAUGGUUUGCAAAUCUGAAAAAACUUAAAAGCUUGCAUCUAAAUGGGAAUAUGAUCCAAAAAAUUGAAGAAAAUAUAUUUGCAUCAUUAAAUCAUUAUGAACUGAAAAUUCUGGAUCUGUCUAAUAACUUCAUAAGCUAUGUUAGCAGAACUGCUUUUGUGGGGCUACUGCAAUUAAACGUACUAGAGCUUUCUAGGAACAAUUUAACAGUACUGACAAAUCCAUUUUCCCACCUUCUGAUGCUUACCAUUUUGAGUUUGGACUUAAAUCAUUGGAACUGCAGUUGUGAACUUGUUGAACUUGCUGUUUAUUUAAGGAACUAUGUGCAAAAUACUCUGAACCUUUUAAAAAAUGCAAAAGAUCUCAACUGUGAAACUUCAAAGAACCCUGAAAUUCUAAAUAUAUUACAGUUAACCAAAGACAACUGCAAGCCUGCAACCCAAAGUAUGAAUACAUUACACAACAACAGAAUCCAUGACUUAUACGUACGUGAUAUUGUAUUAGUGGCUGUUUUCUGUUUUGCAGGAGCUAUUGGUCUUACAUUUGCAAUCCUAAGCGCCCUUCAUUGGAAAUAUCAACAUGCUACAGAAGAUAGUGGGACAAGUGAAGAAUUCUGUCAAAUGUCUUUUAUUGAGCAGCCAAGUGAGCUUAACCAAGUGAAACAGCACAUAAUGUCUUUUAAUGAACAGCACAGUAAACCUGCCCAAGUUAAACAACAUAUCGUGACUUCAAAUGGACAGCUAAGUAAUUCUAGUAAUCAGACAAUGCAUAUCACUAAAGGAUUUCCUAGCUGUGACUUUACUUGUGAAAAUGAAAUGAAAAGUAUGGCUCUUAUAAGCAGUAGAAAUGAGCCCGUACAUCUGCAGGAGACUCAGAGUCAACAACCACUUAAGUCUAUAUGCAGAACAAAAGGUACUUCUGCUCUCCUAGCAGCUUGUGAAACAGCUAAGGAUUCUGAUAUUAUGGACACUUACUUCAUGUGUCUCAACUGUAAACUUGUGCAGUUAAUGCCUAUGAAAUUCCACAAGAAUAAAAUUAUAGAGACUGACACAAGUGUACCUUCAAGAAAUACUCACAUGAUUACAACAAAAUUCAAAAGCAUUGAUGUUCAGCAAUUAGGAAAACUAGACACAGGAAUGUACCAGGAGAUGCCAAAAGAGGGAUACAUGAAUAAGAAAGAAACAUCCCAGAUCCAUCAAUAUGAAAAUGCUAAUACUAAUCCAUUGGAAGUAAAAGAAAGAUGCAAUUCUACCAAACAAAAUAAGCAUAUGAAUGUGAACUCUAAGGAAGAGGAGCGUUUUCCGGAAAAUGAAGUACUCCAGCAUGAUCAGGCAACAAAAGAUACUGCAAUAACUAAUAACAAAACUCUUAUCUUUAAAUGCAUACACUGCAAUAAAUUACAGAAACAGCUGAGGCCAAUAGAAGGAGUUAAAGUUAAACCUAUCAAGACUAGUAAUUGUAGUAAAACUUCGAAUGCAGUCCCAAUUUUAAACUUUACAGAAGAAUCAAUGAUGUACCCAGUUAAAGCUGUACCACCAAGGAAGAGUGUCCAUUUUGAUUUGCCUGAAAGUGAGAUUGAACAAAAUGUAGAACAAAGCAUUAAGAAAUGGAAAACAUUUCAGUCAAAACAUUUGAUCAGGAAAAGUCCCAAAGCUCAUGACAACACUUUACAGGGGUUUGAAGAGAAUGAUCAAUCUGAUCUUUCAAUUAAAAAGAAACAGAGAACUGAAAAGCCAGAUGAAAAAUCUGAAAAAGAUAGUGCUAGUAUAACUGAGGCAAAUGAUCUGCUCACAGUAAAACUGAAUCUACAUCCAUUUCGCAAAGUGCGAGUUUAUCCUACUGAAAUUGUAAAAAAACAUCCAACCUCAAGUGAUUCAAGCAAACCCAAUCAACAUAGUUUGCAUAGUAAGAAAAGAGCACCAACUGCAUCCAACAGUAUGGCAAGUGCAAAGGCAAAAAUAAGAGAUGAUCAUUGCAAUAUGGAGUCUGAAGCCAAAAUUGUGGAACAUGGCAAUACUAAUGUUACUACACGGAUCAGUGGUCUCCCACGUGCUCCAUCAAAAGCGAAACAUAAAAAGAGUACCACUGUAAGACUAAAUAUCUCAGAUGGAAGUCUGGCACAUGAUGAUCAAAAUAUGACACAGUGUUCAAAAACUACAGAAGGUGCCUGCAUUAUGAAUAACACCAAUGUCCAACAUACAGCUACAUUCUCAGAUGUAACAAACGCUAAAAAGACAUCAUCAGAGGUGGCCUCUAACAUUAAUGGUAAAGAUGAAGCAAGAGAGAAAAGUAAAGAGGGAUUCGUUAUGACAGCACCCCACAAAGAGGAUACUAAUGCAGUUGUAAGUUCUUUAGUGGUACCUAAUGGAAAUCGUCAGCAAAACCUUGAACCUAAUGCAGAGACAAAUGGAUAUGUCAACACCAUGAAAGGAACAAUGCAGCAAAUGGAAAAACACAGAAUUUACAAUGACACAAGUGUAAGUGAGACUGGCAGAUCUGAAACUGGAAUCAGUAAAAAACAGUGUAAUACAAGUUUAGACUUGGAAACUCCGGGGAGUCAGCUAGGUUCAGGUACUGUUCAAGGAAAUGGGGACCCAGAGGCAGAAGAAAAAGAAGAAAAACAUUCUAAACUUCACACUGCCAUAGAAAGUGUAGAAAGUGCUGCUGAAAGGCCAUGUAAUAGUACUGAAGGUAUAGCUCCAAAUGGAGCAGAAGAAAUCCACAGAGUGACCAGCAAUGAAAAGACUGACAGACUACCUGAAAAAGACAACAAGGAUGAAACAGAGAACGUUGGAUCCAUGAUACCUCAGUAUUUAGACCAAAUGCAACCUAUGUUCCUGAAUGAAAUUUCUAAAACAACAGGCAUUACUGGAGAUGUAAACCACACUAGGGCAUUUAAUUCUGCUGGACGUCAACAUAAUAUAACACAGCAAUAUACUGAAUCAACAUUUGUGAGUGCAGAAAAUGUUACAGUGCAUCAGGAACAAGCAAAUCCUAAUAUGCCACAUAAAGAAAGUUUAGUAGUUUCACAACAGGUAGUAAACUCUAGUAUAAUAAUAGAAGAAGGGACAACUAAAGAACUCAAUAAUUCAGCAGUGAUAGUAAGGAGUAAUGGACUAUGCAGUGAGACUGUCCAGUGUCUUUCUAUUUUAGAUAAGGCAGAAAGAAAUGCAAUAGGCAAUACAGCUACAUUUCCAGAGGCAAAGUCUACUAUCAAUAAUCAUAAAAAUCUAGGCUUGAAAUCAUAUAUAGCUAAUAAUGAAACAAAUGAUAAAAUCAGCACAAACAGGGAACAGAAUCAUAAUGGUUUACAAACCAUAGAUAUCAGUAAAGUGGUCUCCGGGGAAUGUGCAAACAAGACAAAUGGUUGUGAAACCAAAGAUGAUAAAACUUCUGUCAGAAUGAUGAAUUAUUCACAAGAGAGUCCGACAAGCCAGGAACUGAUUCCAUCUCUAAUUGAAAAGACCUCAGAUAAAACAGAGGUCAAUAACACAAAUAACAUUCUUCCUCCAGUUCCCAGCCCAGAUGACACACAAAGCAGCCAAAACAACACAAACAAUAACAGUGCUUCAUUGAUUACUUUACUAAUAAGCACUCCUAGCUAUACAGAAAUGUCUAAAAUAAUCAUUUCAAAUGAAAGCAAGCAAGAUACUCCUGCGGAAGACUGCAUUAGAACAUUCAGUACUGUGAUUCAGGAUGUGAAUAAAGAAAACCUUUUACACAAAUUACAUAGUGUUAAUGCAGACGGGAAGAAAAUUUGCUUGGUACUUCCAGAGAAAACAAAUUCAAAUUCUACAACACAUCGUCAGUACAGCAGAAAGAUUAAAUGAUUUGAUAUUUUCUUUCUUAUUAGUGAUGGCUUAAUAUAAGCUUAGUAAUGAUUACUUUUUAUUGAACACCAACUUAGUCAGGUCCAAUGCCAUUCUAGUUCUGCAGCCAGCUUUAAAGAGAAAGCUGUAGUCAAAAAAGAGUAUAAACAGAUAAGCUUCCUUAUGAUACUGUAAUCAAUCAUACCUCUUAACUGUUCAGCUUUUCAGAGAAUGCCCAGAUUUUUGCUUCGUAUUUUGGUCUGUCCCUCAUAAAAUUUGUUGUAUUCAGGCAAGUCACAGAGGAGUGAAUUUACUUAAUAAUGACAAACAUUUGAGUUUCAGACUUCACAUCCUUUUGCAAAAUACAUGUUAAUGCAAAACCUGUUAUGCAAACAACUUUCUAAGUUUAUAAGACCGCUAUACGUUUAUAAGACCGGUAUUUAAAAUUUGUCCCUAUUUUGUACCUUUGUCCCACCAUUAUUUUUGGCUUUGUCAAGAUUUCGUCUACUAAGAGAUUGAGAGUUACAUAAUCAAUAUAUUAUUUCUUUUUUUUUGCGUGGUAAAAGAUCCACUGCUAAAAGUGUCCAGGCUUUAAAGGAUUAAGUAUGAUUAUGUUUAUUUUACUGAGAGCCAUUCAGUUCCUGAAAUCAUGGAACAUUGUUAAAACAUUCUGGACUUUAGCAUUUACAUAGAAAUACAAUGCAGGCUUACAAGCUGAAUGACUCACAAAAGAACAUUUAAGACAUAAAGGACAACCACUUGUUAAUAUCUGAAUACUUGCUACCAGUUUAUUAACUUUAAAGAAAUGCCACUAUUUUAAUGGCAUGUAAUUGUUACUAAGUGAACAUUUUAAAAAGUUCUUUCUGCAACUGACAUUUCAUUCUGAUAAUGACUACUUACAUAAUAUUACAUUUUUUUCAAUGUAACAGCAGGGUAGAGUACUUUACAAAACGACUGACAAAUCCUAUCAUUUUGCCUUGCUUGUUCACGGAACAAGCAUAAUAAAUAGCAACAUUUCAGCCCACUGCCUUAUCAAAGAAGUAAACAUGUCAAUGCUUUUUAUCACUCAUGUACCUAGAUUAAAAAAAGACCUAUGAAACUACAUACUUAUGUCAUGACAUUUUAUAUUCAGUGCUACCACCAUCUAAUGCAAUGGCCAGGCACAUUGAAUUCCAAAAAGCAUUAAUUUCUUCCUAUACUUCCAGAGAUUUGUAAUAUCUGGCAGAGACCUGCUGUACCCUGCAUUUUAAUGUCAUUUGCCUGUGAUUGUUGUUAAGAAAAUAUGCAUACUUCACCCUGCUAGAGCAGCACUGAGUAUUAAACCACCUGUAAGUAGUGUAUUUCAAUGAUAUGACUCCCUGUAAUGUGCAAGAUUGUCAUGGAUUCAAUGUCAUAUGACAGCUGUGACCAAUGAGAUGCUUUAUAAAACAGUGCAGAACUGCAGUGAGAAGAUAAUACUUGCUGGUGUAACUAUAUGGCAAAGAAGUUUUUCCUAUGGUGAAUUAUAGGACUGUAAAUACAUUUAGUGUCCACAAUGCAACACUCACUUUUAUUAACAUUGUUUGUGGUAGGGAACAUCACGGCAUUCUCAUUCUAAUGCCUUCAUUCCUGUGAUGUAACCAAUAAAGUAUUUACUGCAUCACAUGUCUCACAAUGAGUUUCAACAAUAAUUCCAUUAAGUUAUUUAUUUUAUGAGGUGUACCCCUGCAUGUAAGACUUGUAUACUACAUGGAAAUACUUCUAGUCCAAACAAA